AUGAAAGAAAAAGCCUCACCUUGCCCUAGUAGCACAAAACAGGCCCAAUGCCUCACGCACAAUCCGUCGACACUUGACAGCCAUAAACUAGACCCCAACGAACCUAAAUCGAGUCCAGAAACUUCAAAUUCGUCAUCAGAAACUACCGCAUAUCGGGAAAAGAAACGUCUGACUGGCAUUAUUUUCCACGCCCUACUACGUGUACUUCAAUUCACAUUCGCUGUAGUCGUGGCGAUUCUAUACGGAGUUGACCUCAAACAAGCGACAAAGAGCAAUGCAAGGGCACACCCUUCUUGGGUCUACGCCGAGGUUGUAGCCGGACUUUCUAUGAUAAGCUGCAUGAUGCAAUGGCUCUUCAUGACAGCUUUGUGGUACUGGUGCUUGUUGGAUGCAAUCAUCUCUGUUCUUUGGCUGGCCCAAUUCGGAGUCUUUGCAUCGAUUUAUCUGGACGCAGAGGCCGAACAAGCAUUUGCGCCAGCUUCGGUUGACAGGAUGCAGGCGGCUGUCUGGAUCAAUCUUGUUUGCGUUGUUUUGUGGUUCGUGGCAACACUCUAUGGUGCUAUUGGGUGUUGUGCUCGUUUCAAGAGAGCGAGGCAAAUGAGAAAGGACGCUAGGAUAGGCUUGAAGGUCUAG